AUGGGUACCCCAUCAGCUCCCUGUGGGGCUCCACCUCGUUUGGGAAACACCAGGGUGCUGAUCACCCUCAGCAUCAGUCAUGUCUCCCUCCUUCUGGAAGGCACAGCCUACAAGGAGAAGAUGAAGGAGCUCCCGCUGGUGUCCUUGUUCUGCUCCUGCUUCCUGGCCGACCCCCUGAAUAAGUCAUCCUAUAAAUAUGAAGACACCGUGGACCUGAACUGGUGCGUCAUUUCCGACAUGGAAGUCAUCGAGCUGAAUAAAUGCACCUCUGGACAGUCCUUUGAAGUCAUCCUGAAGCCACCCUCCUUCGAUGGGGUGCCUGAGUUCAAUGCUUCCCUCCCCAGACGGCGAGACCCAUCGCUGGAAGAAAUCCAGAAGAAACUGGAAGCAGCUGAGGAGCGGAGGAAGUACCAGGAAGCAGAGCUCCUGAAGCACCUGGCAGAGAAGCGAGAACACGAGCGGGAGGUGAUCCAAAAAGCCAUCGAGGAAAACAACAACUUCAUCAAGAUGGCAAAGGAAAAACUGGCCCAGAAGAUGGAAUCCAACAAGGAGAACCGGGAGGCCCACCUUGCCGCCAUGUUGGAACGGCUGCAAGAGAAGGACAAGCACGCGGAGGAGGUGCGGAAAAACAAGGAGCUGAAGGAAGAGGCCUCGAGGUAA